AUGAGUUCAAUAAAUUCAGAGAUUAGCAUGGAAGAGUUAAUGGCGCUUGGAAGUUACUUUAGUGGAAACAUCCCAGAAGACAGCUACGAGUUCGAGCAGGAAGUGGAGAAAUUCCUUGAGGACCCUCAACCAAUAAGGCGAAGGGAAGAUGAAGAGGGUGUAGUGAUAAGACCACGUAAGAAGCUCGUGAGUAGUGCCCCUAGCAAGAAGAAAGGGACGGCACCACAAUGGAGACUAUCAGAGUGUCAAAGAGAAAUGGCCGAAAUAGUGGACCUGGCACAUGAACGUCUGAAAGGAACACCAGGAGUUCCCGAGUUCUCGGGUGGUCUAACAAGCACAAGCAACAGGAUCGUCACUGAAGAAGUAGAAAGGAUAAAAGCUGAGCGUAACCCAGUAGUGCCCAAAAAGAGGGGAAAACCAGCUAAGCCCAAAGUAGAGGGAGAACCUAAGGUGCUCAAGAAGGGAGGAAGACCAGCCAAGUCCAAGGUAGAGGGAGAACCUAAGGUGCCCAAGAAGAGAGGAAGACCAGCUAAGACAGUUGAACCGAAGAAAACGAUCUCCGACAAAGACAAGCCCAAGAGGCAGAGUGUAGCUGAUAGAUUCAAAGCUCAGAUGAAGAGGCAGAGCGUAGCGAACAGGUUCAAAGCUCAAGGCCUAGUAAGACCAACAAUACCUGCAGAUAGUGCGGUCACAAAGGUGGGGCCCGGUAGGUACAACAUAUUAGGUCUCCUGAAUAAGAGACCUAGUAGGUCUCCUGAAUGA